UCCAUAUAUACAUGGAAAGCUCCCUGCAACGACCACCGUCGUCUGCCUUGCCUUCCCCUCGGCGCUCCUUCCUAGCUAGCCGUCCGAUAUGAUCAGUAGCGCCCAGGUUCCAUCUGAAGCGCAAGGAGCUCAUCAGGUGGAAUCGCCUCUCGAGGAGGAGAAGAAGGUGCAGCAGCAGAAGCAGCGGUACGCCUUCCACACCAGGAGUCAUGUGGACAUACUCGACGAUGGCUAUCGCUGGAGGAAGUACGGCCAGAAGGCAGUGAAGAAUAACAAGUUCCCAAGAAGCUACUACCGGUGCACACAUCAAGGCUGCAAUGUGAAGAAGCAGGUGCAGCGGCUAUCCAAAGACGAAGGCAUUGUGGAGACGACUUACGAGGGAGUCCACAACCAUACCACGGAGAAACCAAUCGACAGCUUCGGGCAUGUGCUGGAGCAGAUGCAGAUCUAUUCUUAAUUUUGAUGUCCCCACAAGGAAUCUGAAGCCUCUGUGAAGAGAGGAGUAUACAUGAACAAGGAAAGAAAGAAACUACUGUGAUGAAGACACAGGAAUUGAUGCACAACAAUAACAAGGGUUUAGGAAUUCUUGUUUGCUCCAAGUUAUUCUGAGAUUUGUUGCACAAGGAACAUGCUGUGUAUGGAUUAUGUGGGGGAUGUGAUUUCUCUAAUUAAUGAAACCACGAUGAUUGUGUGGAGGUUAAGUUGA